GCUCCCCUCUCCAAUCCAGUACCAGGGAUGGCGUGCACACAUGCGGCGUGCCCGCUGUUUGGCGCGCUGCCCGCCUCGGCCGACGAACUGGGCCGCUGCCGGCGCUGCGGCCAGGCGCUUCCCGGCGCCGCGGCUGCCGCUGUUGAGGCGGCCGGGCCGCCGCUGCCCCCAGGGCUCCCUGCACCAGGGGAUGGCUCUGCCGCGGCUGCCCCGCCGCCCGCCCCGGGCCCGGGCCUCGUCGACGACGGCACUGGUCUGACCCAGGCGGCCGUGCACCUCAACCUGAGCGACUCCGACAUCGACGUCGAGCCCGGUGGCGGCACGGGUUUCGUGCCGCCCAAGCAGGGCUCUCAGGCGACAGGCUUGGGUGUGGAGCAGGAGAUGGACACCGACCUCGCGGACGACACCGGGAUGACCAUCCGGGACACGCUGUUCCGCGAGUGGGCGGAGCAGGAGAUCAUUGUGCACUUCGAGCUCAUCCAGGCGAUGGCUAUCAGCAACCCGUCCGUCAACCAGCUCCCCAUCGCCCUCCCCAAGGACCUCGACGCUCUAAAAAUGAUAUGCCGGAAGUUGGCCUACGGAAUUGCAGCUGAUCGCGGCACGCUUGCGCACGGUCUCGCCCUCUGCGACCUGACGGGCAAGGCGCCCCUGGACGAGGAGGGCCACGCCAGCAUCCACAAGAUCGCCGACGAGGUCCGCGCCGCCGCUCUCGCCUGCGAGAAGGAGCUUUCAGGAGUGCUGGCGGAGCGCAAGCGGUCGAAGCCUAUCAAGCUUCCACUCUGGAAGGAGCUCGGCGCGGCCGCACGCGCUCUCCUCUGCUCCCCCAUUGCCCCCGGCUGCCAGGUGACUCUCCUCGCACAGUGGUCCUUCAUCCUCCCGGACUGCGGCGACAGCGUGAACUUCGUGGACAUCUCCCGCCGGGUCUCAGAGCUCUUGGAGAAGGGGGACGAAAAGGCCUGGGACCUGACCGCCGGCCAGCACGUGGUGGCCUGGGCCCCGGAUGAUGCGGGGGCUCUGGCGCGGCUCUUGGCCGCGUUCCUGAGGCGCUCGGAGCCGGCCCGGCGACCGGCCUGUCUGCAGAUGGUGGUGCCCCUCCCGCCCACUCACGGCAUGAAGGACGUCGUGGGGGUCACCGAUCUCUGGUCGCACCCGCUCCUCGGGGACAAAUGGGCGCCUAUAGUUCGUUCUCAGUCGUUCUGCGCGCAGCCUCUGGAGAUGAUUCUCCCUGGGCGGAACCAGCCGAGGCACGUCCAGACGGGCCUCGCGAUCUUCGGCAUCUCCUUGGACUCGGCCCGCCACGUACCGAUUUGCCUGGACUUGGUCAUCCCCGCGACGUGCGCGGAGCUCGACGCCAUCAUCCUUCUGGACCGCCUCCGCCGCUCCAUGGCGACCACGGUGCAUUUCGCCCUGAACACCAUCUACGACAACCGGGAGGCGAUGAUCUUGGAGAUCACGAGUCCGGAGUGCUUGCCGCGCCUUUGGCCCCUAUGCUCGCAGAUGACCCUCCUAUCGCGCGCUAAGGCGCUGGUCAUCUCAGUCGCGGCUUCGGACACCUGGGCGGGGGUGAUGGACCACAUCCUGAAUCAUGACCCCGAGGUGUCGGCCUCCCGCCUUCGCUGGCGGCCUUCGGCCCACGGUGGGCGCCCCGUGGCUACGCCCUCGGCGACCACUGCAGCGCUGGCGGCCGCCCGCAGGAAAACCCACUCGGGAGGAGGUCUGGAGCACAUGGCGGACAUUGUCGUCCGGGGGGAGCUGGGCACGCAGGACUCCAAGGUGAUCGCGAUGCUCAUGGACCAUGUGACCUCGCAGCGCGGCGUCGCGCUGCAGGAAUCCACGGAGCCUCAGGGGCUACGCCCUGGGGAGUACUUCCCCCUGCGGUCCCGCGAUGUGCGCGGCCCUCCCGGCCGCGUUCGAGCGCUUCUUCGUGACCGGGAAGAGGUCCGCAGGCUACAUGCCAGCCUUCAUGGGCAGGCGAUUCGGGUCGGCAACGAGCACGCGCGGGUCGAGAUCCUCAACGGCUCCAUCCUUGCGCUGUCGAGGCCGGGAAACGGGACAGGG